AUGAAAGCCGGCCGUAUGAACUGGACUCGUACAGCCGAGUUUUUGAAAACUUUACGAAAUAUCAUCACGAUGUUGAGUGCAAACACAAACAACCAGCAAGAGUUGAUAUUCGAGCAAGAUGCGACGAGAAAGCAGUUGGCGGAACGACCGCCAUGCACCGAUGAACAAGACGACGAACGGUCGAUAAUGAACACCGGUAAUAACAACAACCACUCGUCAACAUCAUCGUCGUGCAACGAUCCAUUCCGAUUUCAAGGUGAAGGAGUUUCAUUCAAAGGGAAACUGAUCGGGGUUCGUGAUGUGGACAGUGCACGCGGUGAUGUGAUGUGUUCUGAGGCAAUGCGUCUCGCCAAAGCAUCCAUCAAAGCCAGUGGCCAGCACAAACAACGAAUCGUACUCAACAUCUCUAUCGAAGGACUCAAAAUCAAAGACGAAAAAACAUUGGUGUGUGUGUGUUUGUGCCUUCGUUUAUCAUUCGUUCCUUUCUGUUGCACCUUUUCGCUUUACGCCUCACUCCCUUCACCACUUUACACAACUUCCCGGUGUCUAGAAUUUCGUUUAUCGCCCGUGAUACAACUGAUGCGCGUGCUUUUGGCUUCGUCUAUGGAAGUUCUGAUAACACGUACAAAUUUUAUGGGCGGUGAUGCGAGUACGACUGAAGGAGAUAAAAAUGGCGAUCAAGUGGGUAAUAAAGUGGAUAAUAAUGUUGCAGUGGCGGAUUUGUUAGAUCUGGAGUCAGAGUUGUUCAAUUUAGAGCAGGGUGUUGAACAGCUGCAGAGUAUACCAACUUUCUGCGAGGAUUAUCAAACUAAUGGGUGUAAUAACUAUGCUAAUUCAGACGAUCAAUGGCCUGUUCCAUGCAAUAAUCAACAACAACUGAAUGCAUUUGCUAGUGACAACAUAACUGAUCAGAUGAAUGUGCAGAAUAGUUUUAAUGAACGAUUGGCGUUGUCUUCAAACAACACAGCGAAUCAGUUGAAUGGUAUCCACAUGAUCAAUCCAUUCAGCGAUAACUAUUAUUCAUAUAAUACUAGUAAUAAUGUCGCAUCAACACCGGGCAAUUUUCAACAACAACAACAGCAAAGUAACAAUAAUAAUGGUACUAAUAAUCAGUUAAUGGAUAGUCAAUUCAAUGAUUUUCAUAAGCCUCGACAACAAUUUAGCACCGUUCAUUCAGCACCGAAUUUCGAGACGAACGCAUUUUCGGAAACGAAUCCGUUUCUGAAUUCGACGAAUCAGAAAUUUGAACUGCCGUCACAGACUCAGCCAGAUCCGUUCGAUACUCAAAAAGCGCAAUCGAUCAUCGAAUUCAUCAACAAUAAGUCGAAGCAACAAAAUCAAUUCAACAAUACUUUUAACUCGAAUUCCACCUCAUUUGCUGAUUUCGAUAAUGAAAACAAGAUGACGCGUUCACCUUGCAAAUCAAAACCGGAUACAAAUCACCCGAAGGUGACAACAUUAGAAGAAGCAUUCACGAAGUUGGUUGAUAUGGAUUCAUUGAUGAAGCAGUCGUCACAUUCAUCUGAUAUUGUGAACAGUAAAAGCAACGUCACCAAUACGAAUCCUUUCAGUGUUAUUCUCAGUCCACCAAAAGUACCGUUAUCGGCGAUGCCUUCUUCUUACAAUCCGUCACCUCUGAUUAACACAAGCACUGUAGCAUCCUCACACCAAGCCAUACCCUAUUCAGCAUCUGCACCAUUCGUUUCUUCGCUUCAGAGUAAUACCGCUAUCACUAACAAUGACCCUUUUAAUGACGCUUUCUUUCGCUGA